AUGUGGUGUGUGGCAAAAGUAUCUGCAACGGAUGCCCAAAUGCAAGCAUUUUUGGAUGCUAAUUGCGGAAGUUUGGAUUGCGGACAAAUCAAUCCAGGUGGUACGUGUUUUGAGCCAAACACAGUAAGAAAUCACGCAUCGUAUGCUCUUGAUUUAUACUACAGAAACAAUGGAGUGUGCAAUGCUGAUAUCGGUACUCCAGCAGCCACCAAUCCUUGUAAGUGCUAUGGUGUCUAUGUUAUCAAUCCCAACUUAUGGGAGAUGCAAAUAUCCAUGAGUGCAAUGGAAUGUCAAGCACUUGACAAGGGCUAG